UACGCGAGGCGGGGCCUUGCUGCGUGAUGACCAGUAACGCGCUGCGCGGUGAGGUCAGCGUAGUGCCGCCGUUGCUGGUCCCGCUGCCCGUCGCUCGGUCUGCUUUAGUCGUUUUUUUUCUUGAAAUACUCGGCCCUCCAAGAGGAGUGUGGAGCUUGUCUGCGGCCGGGGUUUAUGCGGUAUUUGCCCCGAUAAGAAGAUUGCUGGCAACACAGCCUGCUUGCGGUUUAUCGUUUGCUAUCAGAGUGACUGGUACAGAAUGCAAUGGGAUCGAUAGCAUGUCUUCAGAGAGUGGCCCUGGGACAAGACUGAGAAAUUUGUCAGAUGGGGAUGGACUAGAAGCUACACAAAUGUCUACAACACGCCAGACCCAACCCCAACAAGGCAAUCCUUCAUCCAUUAACCCAUCUCCACCUGAGACCUCAAAUCCUAGUAAACCCAAGCGCAUGACCAACCAACUACAGUACCUACUCAAAGUGGUGCAGACACUAUGGAAACAUCAGUUUUCAUGGCCUUAGCAGCCUGUGGAUGCUGUCAAGCUAAACCUCCCUGAUUAUUACAAAAUUAUUAAAACUCCUAUGGACAUGGGAACAAUAAAGAAACGUUUGGAGAAUAACUACUACUGGAAUGCUCAAGAAUGUAUCCAGGACUUCAAUACAAUGUUUACAAAUUGUUACAUCUAUAAUAAGCAAGGGGAUGAUAUUGUUUUGAUGGCAGAAGCUCUAGAAAAACUCUUCCUACAAAAAAUCUCUGAAAUGACCCAGGAAGAAACAGAAAUCGUUGUAGUCCAAACAAAAGGGAGAGGACGUGGUAGAAAGGAAACAGUGACAUCAAAGCCAGGAGCAUCAGCGGUACAGAAUGCAACUCAAGCAUCAUCCCCACCACAGACGCAGGCUCCACCCCAAAAUUCUCAGCCGGUGCAAACAACUCAUUCCUUUCCCUCUCUAGCCCCUGACCUAAUUGUUCAGACACCAGUAAUGACAGUGGUGCCACCCCAGCCUCCUGCAGCUCUGCCUCCUCCCCUCCCACCUUCAGCCUCAGCUCCUCAGCCCUCUCAGACACACACCCCGAUUAUCCCAACAUCUGCACAACCCAUGAAGACAAAAAAGGGAGUGAAGAGGAAAGCAGACACUACAACUCCUACUACAAUAGACCCAGUUCAUGAAUCAUCAUCAUUGCCAGCUGAACCCAAGUCUGUCAAGACAGGUCCACGAAGGGAAAGCCGACCUGUGAAACCUCCAAAGAAGGAUGUUCCGGAUUCUCAGCAACAUGUAAUAGAAAAAAGUAACAGUAGCAAAGUGUCAGAGCAAUUAAAGUAUUGUGGUGGCAUCAUAAAGGAGAUGUUUGCUAAGAAACAUGCUGCAUAUGCGUGGCCCUUCUACAAACCUGUGGAUGUGGACGCUCUUGGACUUCAUGAUUAUCGUGAGAUCAUUAAGCAUCCCAUGGACCUGAGUACAAUUAAAUCGAAAUUGGAGAACCGGGAUUAUAGAGAUGCUCAGGAAUUUUCAGCUGAUGUCCGAUUGAUGUUUUCCAAUUGUUACAAAUAUAACCCUCCAGAUCAUGAGGUAGUGGCCAUGGCACGGAAACUACAGGAUGUCUUUGAAAUGCGGUUUGCUAAAAUGCCAGAUGAACCUGAAGAACCUGUGGUUCCAGCUUCCUCUCCAGUAGUAGUGCAGCCACAACCCAAAGUGCCCCCACCAUCAUCCAGUGACAGCAGCAGUGAUAGUUCUUCUGAUAGUGACAGUUCAUCAGAUGAUUCUGAAGAAGAACGAGCUCAGCGGCUAGCAGAGCUCCAGGAACAGCUUAAAGCAGUGCAUGAACAGUUGGCUGCCCUGUCACAGCCACAACAGAAUAAACCAAAGAAAAAAGAGAAAGACAAGAAAGAAAAGAAAAAAGAGAAGCACAAAAAGAAAGAAGAAGUAGAAGAAAAUAAAAAUAAAGCCAAGGACCCACCAACUAAGAAGGUUAAGAAGAAUAAUGGCAAUAGCAAUAGCUCAAGUAAUAAGAAGGAGCCUGUGACUGUGAAGAAUACCAAGCCGCCUCCAGUUUAUGAGUCUGAGGAGGAGGAGAAAUGUAAGCCAAUGUCUUAUGAAGAAAAAAGACAAUUGAGCCUGGACAUUAACAAGCUCCCUGGUGAAAAAUUAGGCCGGGUUGUCCAUAUCAUCCAAUCAAGAGAACCCUCGCUCAAAAACUCCAAUCCUGAUGAGAUUGAAAUUGACUUUGAAACAUUAAAGGCAUCCACUUUGCGGGAGCUGGAGCGAUAUGUAACAUCUUGUUUACGGAAAAAAAGGAAACCUCAAGAAAGUCAAUGGGAAACCAGCAGGGAAUAUUGCAAGUUACCAUCACCUGCUGAGACAACUAGUCUCUUGGAGGAUGACUGGAAACAGAGGAAAGUGGAUGUAAUUGCUGGUUCCUCUAAAAUGAAGGGAUUCUCCUCUUCAGAGUCUGAGAGCACCAGUGAGUCCAGCUCCUCCGACAGUGAAGAUUCAGAAACAGAAAUUCCUCCCAAAAUUAAGAAAAAAGGACAUCGUCGAGAACAAAAGAAGCAUCAUCAUCAUCACCAUCUACAGGUGCAGCAGCAGCAGCAGGUGCAACCACCACAGCUACCACCCCCGCCACCUCCACCUGUCCCUCAGCAAGCAGCCCCUGCAAUCAAGACUUCUCCUCCAGCUUUUGUUCCAACGCAGAUCCCGGUUAUGGAGCAUCCACUUCCAGGGAACAUUGACACUAUUUCACAUUUCACUACGCCUAUUCUGCACCUUCCCCAACCUGAGAUGCCACCUCAUCUCCCUCAGCAGCCUGAGCACAGCACUCCUCCUCAUUUAAAUCAACAUGCAGUAGUGUCCCCUCCAGCUUUGCACAAUGCCCUGCCUCAGCAACCGUCAAGACCCAGUAAUCGAGCUGCAGCACUCCCCCCCAAACCUUCUCGGCCUCCAGCUGUGUCACCAGCUCUUAACCAGCAGCCUCUGCUUCCCCAGCCCCCACUCCCCCAACCUCCCCAGGUGCUUCUGGAGGAUGAAGAGCCUCCUGCUCCUCACCACACCCUGUCGCUGAGUAAUAGUCAGAUGCAGAUCUACUUGCAGCAGUUGCAGAAGGCGCAGCCACAGACUUCUCUCCUCCCUUCAGUGAAAGUACAGUCGCAGCCUCAGCCCUCCUUGCAACCUCCUCCUCAUCCUCCAGGGCAACAAUUACCACAUCAGUCCCAGCAGAGGCCAGUGCAUAUGCAGUCCAUGCAAUUUCCACCCCAUAUCCCACAGCCUCCUCCACCGCCCCAGCCGCAUCUGCCCCCUCAGCAGCCUCAAGUCCCACAGCAGUCGUCAAAACCCCAGCAAGUCAUCCAGCACCACUCUUCACCAAGACAUCACAAGCCAGACCCCUACGCAGCAGGCCACUUGAGAGAAGCACCUUCCCCUCUCAUGAUGCAUUCCCCUCAGAUGCCACCGUUCCAGGGGUUGCCGCACCAGUCUCCACCACAAUCAAAUGUUCAGCCAAAAAAGCAGGAACUGAGAGCAGCAUCCGUAGUUCAGUCACAGCCUAUGGUCAAAGAGGAGAAGAUGCAGUCCCCAGUCAUUCGAAAUGAGACCUUUAGCCCUGCCUUGCGGCAAGAUCCUACCAAACACCCAGAGAGCAUCAAGCCACCUGUACAUAUCCAACAACGAACAGAAAUGAAGACAGUGGACAGUGGACGGCCUGUUAUAAGACCUUCAGAACAAAAUGCACCACCAGGAGUCCAGGACAAAGAGAGACAGAAGCAAGAACCAAAAACACCAGUAGCACCUAAAAAAGAUUUGAAAAUAAAAAAUAUGGGAUCUUGGGCAAGCUUAGUGCAGAAACAUCCCACCACACCAUCUUCAACAGUAAAAUCCAGCAGUGACAGCUUUGAGCACUUCAAGAGGGCUGCCCGGGAAAAGGAAGAGCGUGAGAAAGCCUUGAAAGCUCAAGCUGAACAAGCAGAGAAGGAAAAGGAGAGACAAAGGAGGGAACAGGAAAGAAUGAGGAGUCGUGAAGAAGAGGAGGCUCUGGAGCAGGCACGUCGAGUUCACGAGGAAGCACGGCGGCGUCAGGAACAGCAGCCCCAGCAUCAUCCCCAGGCUCAGCAGCAGGUGUCAGCAGCAGCCUCUGCUCCCCCGUCACAGAGCUCUCAGCCACAGGCUUCGCAGUCCAUGCUGGACCAACAGAGAGAGGAACUCAGAAAACAGGAACAGGAGCGAAGGCGCAGAGAGGCAAUGGCAUCUACUAUCGACAUGAAUUUCCAGAGUGAUUUGUUGGCAAUAUUUGAAGAGAAUCUUUUCUAAUAGCACCUGGUUUUCUUCACCUGAACUCCUUAAUUUCCCAGCAAAUUUUUGACUCUCCAUAAUGUUGUUGGCAGCUGGGAGGAGAGCAUUCCUGCAGCCUUUCUGCAUGUGUGACGGUUGUGGCCUCAGAAGGAUCAGCAGAGUCUGCCUUACGAUUUGACUUAAUUCCCACCCCCACCCCAUCCCCCAACCUCACUGAAGAAAGCGAGACCAAGAUGAGUCAACUUUGUACUAGGUUUGCAUCAGUGGACAUGCAGUUGCUGGGAAGGGUGCCCCCUAUCACUUGAUAUUCUCUAUGCCAAACCUACUUGCAGUAUAUCCAGAACUUGAUGCUGUUUACCCUUUUUCUAUUCAAAAGCAUUCUGAAUUCCAGAAUGUCUUUGAUGCUACUGUGCUGUAUGCUGGCAGCACCAGACACUCUGCAUUGAGAGGCUGUGUACAGAAAGACCCUGCCUGGGCUUUAACAGGGAAGACACACAAGCUGUUUUGGGUCCUUUCAUCACUGGCUUUGCCUUUAACUAAACUUCCCACAAGCCUUUAGCUGGGAGCCAUUCUCUGUAAGUGUUUGCUUGUGAAAAAGGGAAUAAUUUAGUGGAGGUGUCAAGUAAGUGUAACUGGCCAUUUGAGUGAGGUUUUGUUUUAGCAUUGUGUGGAUGACAGGAAUCUGAGCUAGACUACCAACCAAAGUCAGUUUCUUUCAAUCUGUUUCUUUUCCUCCAGAUACAUUGGCACUGCUCAACUCUUUGAGUAGGUAUUCUUGUCUCUUCAUUACAGAGUGGAGUGGAGUGGGGAAAACUUAACACCAGGGGAAGCUCCCACCCUGUCAAUAGUGUUUGACUGUGGCUGUAUUGUAUAGUGAAUAUAGUUGGCAUAUAUUUGUUUGAGUUUUAUGGUGAGCUCACCAUACUCUGUAAAGACACUGCUUCUAUUUUGCUCAGUUCCAGACUUUUAGUCUAUAUUUUUAACUGUAAUACCAGAAAACUACAUUUUGGGUUUUAAAUGUCAUGGAGUCUGUUAAAAUUAGUUUUUAUACACAACAGAGCAGCUCUGGGGAGGGAGGUGGGAAUGGAUUUGGAUUGGCAGGAAGGAAGACCUGUUCCUGUUGUCUUCCAUUAAGUCCUUUCACAUUUUAGCAGUAAUCAUUUUCUCAGCACUUUUAGCAUAUUCUUUUCAUUUUACUCUUUCAAAUGUUCCACGUUUAUGUGCCAUAAAUACCCACUAUACAGUACAAUACUGGUGUGUCAGUAUUGGCCAAUCUCUGGAGUAAUUAAUUGGUUUUACUUUAAUACGGUGAAUAUGCAUUUGGUCUGUACUGAUCAUGGAAUAAACUCAUCUCUUUUUUUUUAAAGUUGGUGUCGUACUGACAUUUCUUUUAAUCUUGCUUAUGGUAAAAUGGCUUAAGUGAGAAAGGCUGUAAGGAGACUUGUUCCAUUCAUCUGUCUUGCUCUAGCAGGCAGGGAAAUCUCCAGCUAAUUCAUACAAUUUUCAUCUUAUCAGCAAGCUAGCUAAUAUUUACCCUGGGAGUCGUACUAGUGGAGCAACAGCAUUCUGUAGAAAUGGUAGAAAGAUGAACACCAAAUAUCAAGCAGAUAGUGUUUUCUCAGCAUGGCUGGUUUCACACUGUAGCAUCAAGCCAAAAGUAGGAGAACAGCACACUGAUUGUUUUCAGUCUUGUUCCCAUUUGGGGCGAAUCUCAACAUGUAACAUAAUUUCCAGCAAUAAAAUUUAGCCCAGCUUCCUGUAUUGUGCUAAAUUAAGAGCGCUUGAACUAUUGUAGUUGACCCUGUGAGGAUCCAGAGGAAGAUAAUAGUACUUCACUUUUCUGCACUGUUGGUCAAAAUUAGUGUUCCAAUAUGAAUUGCUGGACAUGGAUUUUCUAGUUCAGAGCUUGCAAAUUGCCAUUCUGUUGCUACUUCUUUUGAAAAAACACGACUGCUUGCUUCAAAACUUUAAUUGGCCUAAGUAGUGGGUUUGGACUGUGAAUUAAAGUUAUUCAGAGUGCUUAUUUUGGUCAAGAAUGGUAUGGUUAGUAGCUGUAGAGAAGGCAACUGUUCUUUGGGUAGUUCCACCAACUUUGUACUUGCACCCUCAGCCAAAGACACCUCUGUUUUUCCUGAUGACAGAACUUCUUGUCCUGCCAAUGUCUCAACUCUUCAUUUUUAUCAUAUUGGACUACUGAUUUCAACAACUACACCAUCUGCCCAAUUUAAUUAUGACUAAUCUAAUAUGGAGAGACACUCACGUUAAGAGAGCAGAGAUCCCAGAUGGAGUAAAAGAAGGUAGCUAUUUCUGUUAGUCGACUUCCAGGCCCCUACACCUGGGGGGAAAAAACCUGAAUUGUCCCUCCUGAAAUGAUUAUAGUUAUGUAUCAGGAGAAAUGGGGCAUCUAAGAAAGCAUUUAUUGUCUCCAAAUAGUAUUGCCCUUAACCUUGCGAUUUGCUUCAACAUCAUUCUCAGGUCUUUUUGUAGGAGUUGAAUAAUAGGACCUGCUAUACAACACCAAGAUCAAGUGAUAGGUCAUUUGUUGCCUAUUUUCAAUCUAAUUUGGCCUUGGCUUUCCAAUGUGCAGUUAAAAUUUCCAGGCCUUUAAGCAGUUGGAAGUGCACGGUCACACAUAUUAAUAUAGGUAACUCAGGUUAGUAGCCAUGUACAGAAGAAAUGAGACUGGGUCUAGAGGCAGUUGUUUCUUUGACAGUCUUGUGAACAGCCAGUUCUCACGCUGAAUUUUUACCUAAAGGUGCCUUUUAACUCUACAACAUUAGAAGAUCUCUGCCUUUCUCCAUCAAGUAUUCAAUUGUUGAAAAAGAUAAAUAGGAAGGUUUAGAAGGGGCAAUAUUACCCCUCAGACAGCUUUUUCUGAAGGCUUCUUGCUGAAAAGAAUGUGCAAUUAAGUGCAGAUCAGGUUUUCUAUUACAAAAAGUUGACUGUGCUUUCCUUCUAUCAGGGAGUUGCCAGUCUUGAGAAGGCCAUGAAGUGUUGUGCUUUGCCUCCAAGCAGUACUUUUGUGUCUGGAGUGGCUUAGGCUCAUGGCCAGUAACCACAUCUAACAUUAAAAUGCAGUUGAGUGGUCUGAAAAUCUGAAUUCCUGAGGACCACGCUUGGGCCUCAGAUUACCUCUCGUACAGAACAUCUAAAUGUUCUGUUUCCGGACCAACAUAAAGGUAGUUACCAUAUGCUGGAUUGUAUAGGACACUAGUUUCCUCCCUUGAUCUGCUUAUGUGUGGGUGUUAACACUUCAGAAUCGGUGAAAUGUUAGAUCACCAGCUCACACAAUUUCUUCAUGAAGGCUUAAUGGUUGGAUUAGCCCUUAUAGUCUUCUACUUAAUCCCAGGAAUUGUCAGGAAAGGGGGCUUCUAUCUCUGGCAACGGCUCAGACUUGAAUGAAAAUAAGUCCCUUGCAUCCCCUUCUUGUUGUCCUUGUGUUACUGCACAUGUCUUUUUACCAUGAGCUAAUUAACUAGCCUUAAUCUUCUCUUAGCUCUUGUUUAGAUCCUUGAUGAGGAAGUAGGAAUGUUGGUUUUCCUCUGAACAUGUUCCCAUUCUUUCAUUUUCAUUGCCAGUCAUUUCUCACAGUAUUCCUUGGCCUUCCAUCUAUCCAUCCCCUCUUCCCAGUCACCUCUUUUACAAAGCACUUUGGAUGAACAUCUCCCUCCUUUAUUAAUUUUAUGCUCAGGGUUUUUGGGGUACUUUAAGUGCACAUCCGCUGUGAAAGUUGAUCACAUAUGACUCACUGCAAUUGUACAUAACAAAACCGCACCACACUGACAAAAAUGAAAACGUAACGAAGUGGAGAUGCUGGAACUUCUAUCAAGAGAGCACCCUCUGUUGUAAAAAAUUUAAAAUAAAUAAUUUAUAUGUAUGCAAUGAACAACACCCCAUUCCCUGUAUCUAGUCAAUAGCGAGAUUAGUUGUUUUUUAUUUUAAUGUUUAACCUUCUUUUUGCAUUGAACAUUUGCCAAACUUUCUUGUCUGUAGUUGAGAGUUUCAAACUGUGAUAGCAAAUUUUUUUAGCUUGGUGGCUUUCUCCGUUGUCUUGUUCUUCCUCGCUUUCCUCUUCUGAUCAUUUCUGUGUUUUACAACUUUUUUGAAAUGUUUACAGGCCUUCACUUAUUUACUUUAAUUUUCUUUUCUUUUUUUAAACUGUACUUGGUCUUUGAUUUUUAUAUAUUUCUACAUGAUGAACAUGGAUGGUAUCAUUAAAUUGGAGACAUUUUUUUCUGCCAAAGGAUUGCUAUUCUCUCUUUCUCUCUCUCUCUCUUUCUUUCUUUCUUUCUUUUGGCUAUAAGUGUGGUUUAUUUUUGUUUUUAUAAAAUGUUUUGAAUUUAUAAUAUGGUUAUCAUUCAGACUGACAUCUAUUUAAUUUCUCCUUCUUCCCCCUCCUCCAUGUAUAAGUUUAAUAACUACAGAGUUUUAAGUGUAGGGGUCUAGCCUAAAUGAUGUAACCUUGGUUAUUUUUUUUCUCCCUCCAGUCCUGUACAAAUAAAUAAAUGAAAUGUACAAUUCCACUGUACUUAACGCACGGAACGCUUGGCAAAUAAUUAUGUCAGUGAAUUUGAAACUUGUAUUAAACACUUUAGACAUUUGUAGAAGGGAAUUCAUAGAGUUUUCACUUAUAUACUAAAGGUUUUUUGUGCAGUUCUCAUUGCAAAAAUAAACAUUUGUACUGAAUAUA